AAGAUAGCGGAGUACAGAUGACGGCGAAGAAAAUGAAUCUAUUGAAGAAGAAGACUCGGCGCCGCGCGAAGGUGGCGAAAAGUUCAGAGAAGGGUGAAGCGAAUAGUUCACCGGAGAAGGGAAUCGAGAUUCCGAGUCCCCCGCCGGAGCCCGAGAGCACAAGUCAGGGAAGCAUGGAUCCGAUUGAAGAAGGUAAUAUUGGUGAAGGAUGUGAAGAGUUACCGCCGAGGCUUUUUGCUCUGGAUAAGUACCCUACUGAAACGAAGAUCAAUGCGUAUUCCAAACCGGAGUACCUUGCUGAUAUUGCAACAGCCCUUAAAGGAACUGAAGAAAUGGCUUUUCUCCUAUCUUCUCCUUUUGGGGAGCUCUUUAAUAUCCCUCCUAACAUGGUAUCAUUUUCUGGCAAGCUAGUUCUUGGCUUGAUUUGCCGUCAGUUAGUGACCAAAAAACGUUAUGAGAUGUGGAUGGUUUUUGGUGGUCAUCCACUGCGGUUUGGAUUAAGAGAAUUUUAUCGGAUAACCGGUUUGGAGUGUGGGAAGUACCCGAAAAAAAAAGCUGUGGAGAAAGUGCUAACGGUGAAAAAGGGAUGUACUUCUGUGUGGAAGACUCUAUUUGGUGCUAAGUCUCCAACUAUUGAUGAUUUGGUCGUGAGCUUGAAGACAGAGAAAAAAAUGCCAGGAUGGAAGAGACUAGCAUUAGCGCUGAUAAUCAUUGUUGAUGGUGUUCUAAUCUGUCAGAAGCAGCGAGUCCGACCCGUUUCAAAGACAGUUGAGAUGACGAAAGACCUUGAUUUCUUCUGCAAAUACCCAUGGGGAAGGCUUGCUUUCAACCGUACACUGGACAGGAUAGCCAGAUUCAAAUCCGCUAAAAAGAUAGAAGAUGUGAUCAUUGGUUGCAAGCAGCAGUCUUAUAUGGUCUAUGGCUUCCCACUAGCGCUGCAGCUUUUUGCCUUCCAAACUAUCCCAUCUCUUCGUAAGCUAGUUCCUUCUUCCACAAAUGUAAACUUAUUCACUCAGAGGUCAAUCAAGAAUCUGGCCAAAAUGCAUCCAAUCCGGACUUCCAGUAUCUUGGAGUGCGAAGCUGCAGAUCAGGUGUGUACGCUUUCUAAUAUACGUACAUCGAAUGAUAAAAUAAUACGUACAUUCACUAAGACGUUAAAAACAAAAUCUUAUAGGUGGAUGUCACCUAUAUUGUGGAUCCAGAGGAUACUGAUUGUCCUGAAUCCUUAGUAUGGAAUAAGGAA